AUGCUGCUCCCCCAGAAUGGCCGACUCUCUUUGCGAGGAGUGCCGCGGUAUAAAGAGCAUGCACAUGCAGAAGCGGAGCUGCUGAGAGAGAUCUUAAGAUGUGACCCGGGUCGGCAGAGCUUCUGCGUGAAGCUCCUGGGGGAGUUCACCCAUGCCGUGGCGCAUUGCUGUUUAGUCUUUGAGCUCUUGGACAUCAGCCUCUCUGAUUUCAUGCGAGACACUGAUGAUCGCGGACUACUACUGAGAGACAUCCGAACGAUUGGAUCCCAGAUGCUGCAGUGCCUCCAUUUUCUGAGUGCCAUGGGCCUCACACAUACCGACAUCAAAUGUCGGAAUGCCAUGUUGAAGGACUCCCGUGGCGAUAUGGUGCCCCAUCCACGCAAAGAUGGGCAAGAACUGAAAAGGUUGCGCAGAUGUGAAAUCCGUGUGAUUGACUUCGGCGGAGCUGUGUUGAAGAAGGAGCGGCAUAGCAGGCACAUUGGCACCAGGCAGUAUCGUUCACCUGAAGUCGUUCUGGGCCUUGCUUGGGAUGAGAAGACGGACGUCUGGAGUCUGGGCUGCAUCCUACUGACGCUCUACACUGGGCAACGACCCUUCCCCGUGCAGAGCAGCCUGCAACACCUGGCGCUGAUGCAACGGGUCAUCGGCAAUUUGCCCAAAGACAUGGUGAAGCUGGCCGCUGCAGGUGGUAGCCUCCCCGAGGAUGUAGUGGUGGAUAGUCGAGGCGGCUUGCAGAUCCAACGGAAGUUGUCAGAUGAGGCACAAGAGCUCUUGAAUUUGGCUCAGCCCUUGGAGCAGCGGGUCCUACCACAACAUGGCAGCUUUCUGAAACUGCUGGAAGGCUUACUGGCUGCGCAGCCGGAGAAGCGCCUCUCAGCGGCGGAGGCCUUGAAGCAGGACUUUCUGAGCUCCGAGCCCGUAGAGUGA